CGGCGCCUCACCACGCGACGCGUUCUCGUCUCGUCGUCCUCGGCCUCCUACACCCGAAGGCCGAAGCCGCCGCGGCCGCCUUUCGUCCUCCCUCCAUGGCGUCGACGGAUGCCGACGAGGACCAGCUCCUCAAGAGCUUCCUCGCCGAGGUCAGCGAGGCCGAACGCGACAACGAAGUGCUCAGGAUUCUUGGCUGUUUCAAGUUAAACCCUUUUGAGCAUCUUAAAUUGUCUUUCGAUUCAUCAACAGAUGAGGUGAAGAAGCAAUAUAGGAAGUUGUCCUUGUUGGUCCAUCCUGAUAAAUGCAAGCAUCCGAAAGCACAAGAGGCUUUUGCAGCUCUGGCAAAAGCACAGCAGCUCCUCCUUGAUCCACAGGAGAGAGGAUAUAUUCUUGAUCAAGUUACUGCUGCAAAAGAAGAGCUGCGGGCAAAGAGGAAAAAGGAGCUGAAGAAAGAUAGUGCAUCAAAAAUAAAGUCCCAAGUAGAUGAGGGAAAAUAUGAAGAGCAGUAUGAACGAUCAGAAGAAUUUCAGAAGCAGUUAAUAAUUAAAGUUCGUGAAAUUUUGACAGACAAAGAAUGGCGACGCAGGAAAAUGCAGAUGAGGAUAUCAGAGGAAGAAGGAAGACUGAAGAAGGAUGAGGAGGAAACGAAAGAAAUGUGGAAGAGGAAGCGAGAGCAUGAAGAAAAGUGGGAAGAGACCAGAGACCAACGAGUCUCUAGCUGGAGGGAUUUCAUGAAGACAGGAAAGAAGGCACGGAAAGGUGAGAUCAAACCCCCAAAGCUUAAGACUGAAGAUCCAAACAAAUCUUACGUUCAGAGGCCGGUGAAGCGUGCUUAGGAGUAGUGCUGUUCGCGUCUGCAGCCAAAGCAUAUACAGCAAUCAUUCUUCAUAUGACCUGAUCCAAGCUAAAUUCUAGCAAAGCUCCUGGCAGGCUGUAAGGUUCGGUUAUGCCUUCUGUGUUCCCAAUGUAGUCAGAGGAACGUAACACAUCUUUGUUAGCAGAAUGGCUUAAUGUUCUCCGCACAGAGUUGUAUUGGAUUACUGUACCUCUUGGAUAGAACACCUCCCUGGAAAAUGUUGAAAAAGAAUCUCAUCGAAGUGAAUGCUGAAACGCCCCCUAACUGAGAUCCAUGUUCAACUAUCUAAUGUAAAGUGAAAUCAAUUUGUCUUCA